GUUGCCCCUUUACAAAGCCAAAGCUUCGCCGUGACGGAAGACGGACUCUUGUAUUCUUGGAUUAAGGUGCCUUGUUGGGUGUAUAAUUGCGAGCAGCAGGAGGAUGAAAUUAUGGGCUGCCUCGCCCCGCGCCUCGAACAGUUAAGUUUGGCGGGAAAAAAGGUGCAACAAGUCGUCUUGGGGAGGGCGUCUCGCGUCAUGGCGUUGACGAUGGAUGGCCACGUGUUUCACUGGGUUCGAGACAUGUACCCGGUUUUGAUCCACAAGAAGAACUUUGAUUACCAGGAGGUCAUCUCGCUCGCCUGCACGGACGACAUGUACGUCGCUCUUACAUCGAAUGGAGAGUUAUUCCAACAUUCAAGUGCCUGUCCAGUUUCGAAGUGGAGACCGGGAAGGGAUCUCGAGCCUCAAAAAGUGAUUCUGGAUUCGGCUCGGGUAAAAAAGAUCGUUGCAAUCAGCCACAUUAUUUUUGCCCUCACUGUUGAAGGAACCCUGUACUCGGGAAGAGUGUCACAGGAAAGGAAGCCUGUUUGGGGGGUGGUCAUGAAGAAUCUAAAAUUCCACGAUGUUGCCGCAAACGCCGGAUCGGAUGACGUCGUCCUGGCCGAGUUGAAGAAGAACAAGGUCUGCUUAGCGUUGUCCUACCGUGGGGGAAUUUUUGAUCCGCAAGUUCUCUCAAUUUCGUCCAAUGUUACUUUGCUAGACGAGCUUUUUGCGGAAAUUAGCUCGUCGACUUGGCGAACUAUUUGGGCGGACGGGGAGGUGGAAGGUGGUCUGAUGAAACCAGGUAAAAUGGGGGACGACAUUGGCAACCUGUGGGGGAACAAGGAAAAUGUGGACGUUACAUUCUCCGUGGAAGGGAAAACUAUCUCGGCGCAUAAAUUGAUCCUAACAUCACGAAGUGAAUAUUUCGCUAAAAUGUUUAGCAACGAGUGGAAGGAGGCGAAAUCAGGAUCGUGUAUCGAGAUCAAGGACACGAAGUUCGAAAUUUUUGAAGCUCUACUCUUCUACAUUUACCAAGAUAAGGUCAAAUUCGCAGGGGACGCGUAUGAAAACAUUUUUGGCCUCAUGAUGCUGGCGGAUGCCCACUGUGCCGUCAAAAUUCGUCGGGAAUGUGAACAGAUUCUGAUGCGAAAUAUCAACCCGGAAAAUGCCGUCUUCCUCGUUCGAAACGCUGCCUCGGCCAACGCUUCGAAUUUGGAGAGCAACGUGAUCCGAUUUAUUUUGGAUAAUCGACUCCUCAACGUAGGUUCGUCGCCGCAGGAACUAAUCGACUUAUUAGGAAUGGACGCAUUCCAGAAAAUUUCUGUGGCCGGACUUCGUCGGCUGUAAUUAAGAAGUUCUUUUGGAAUGACUAAGGGUCUAAUAAUUAUAUUUCCAUGGUAGCCAACAUAAUUAAUUUUAUAGCAUUCUAAAAUGUGCAUAAUAUUCUUAAAAAAAUGAGAAGGCAGCAUUACUGUCAUGAAUGUAUGACGUUUUAUUUAAAUAUUAAGUAUUAUUUUUAUGACUCGGUUAGGAUGUUGAGACCCUUUUGUGCACCUUUUUCUAAUCCUUCCAGGAAUUCACUUCAUUAACCUUAAUAUUAAAUAAAGCUUUACAUAACUAGGCUGUGGUACAUAAAAUACAGUAAAGUUAACUUUUUCCAACAUUUAACUUUUUAUCUCGAGUUAAACUACAAGUUCGUCACACACUUUUCACAGUUAACAAGUGAUACACAAUUUUUUACGACACUUUAAAUCUGUGUUAAUUUUUAGUUCGUUUUUCCUGCUGCUGCUGAUUAAAAAUUCAUAUUUCUCUUGUCCUUACUGUAAGGACCUUACAGUUUUCCGUCUUAUAUCUUACCGAAAUUUCCCUUAGUUGAUAAGUUAGUGACCACAAUGGCCUCGUCACCUGACGUCAUUCCUCGGGACAGGUUAAAAAUCUUGGAAAUCUUUCGUGACGUUGGACCCGAAGGAGAAGGGAUUCUGAAGACGGCGAAAUUAGCGCAUGUUAUCAACGCAAAACCAGAGCUGGGAAAAUCUAGAUUAAAAUAAUCAAGAUUAAGAUUAAGAAUAAUUAAUCUUAAUCCAUAAUCUUAAUCAAGAAAUUUGUUCGUAUUAAUCAAUAAUUUUAAUCUUAAUCUCACGUCAAUUUAAUUUAAUUUUUAAUUUUUAAUCUUUGAAUCUUCGACUUUAAUUUUAAUCAGGAUUAAUAUUAUGAUUAAAAUUACGCCAUCUGUUACUCGAAUCCUUGUAAAUCUCUAAAUUUCAACGCAUGAUCAUCUCUUAACACUGGAACCAUUUUUUAAAAUAAAAAAAAAUUCUA